UGACAGGCAUGGGAGCAUUGUUGAUAUUUUUUUCUGGCACGGGGAAUAGCUUCAUAGCACUGGGCAGAGUCAAACAAGUAGCUGUGUAGUGUUUAUGACCCGAUGACCUUGAUCAGUUCUCUCUUUUGAAUGAAGAGGUUUUGCCAACACCUUCCAAUAAAGAUUCAACAUUGGAGACGAUACACCCAGUGAGUGUGAAACCAUGAAGAUGUCAAUAUGCUGGUGUUGUGUCUUGUUUCUGAUCGGCAUUUUUGUUGGAAAUGUACAGGCAGAAACUUGUUCACUAGCCUCAUAUUACAGCAGUCACAUGGUAUUGCAGCAACAGCCGCAGAAUGCAAUUCUGUGGGGUUACACCGAUGUUAAGACUACAGUACAAGUCAGAGUUCAGGACAAUGUUCAGGACAAGAUGUACAAAGCUCAAACUGGAUUUAAGCCAUUUAGUACAACUGCAAUUUGGAAAGUGAAGUUAGAUCCAAUGCCUGCAGGUGGGCCUUACAACAUCACCGUUAUCUGUCAGGCAUUUACUGUGGUCAACACAAUCUACCUAGUGGACGUCAUGUUUGGAGAUGUGUGGGUUUGUAGCGGACAGAGCAACAUGGCAUUUACUGUCAAACAGGCUUUUAAUGGUUCAGAAGAGCUGAUAGAUUCGGUAAAAUAUCCUAACGUCAGACUGUUGGCAGUGACUGAAGUAACUUCAGCUACACCGGACUAUGAUUUCAAUGGUGGAUUGUACGAACCCUGGUCUAGGCCUAACUCAGACAGUCUUGGCGGCAAGGCUCCUACAUUUACCUACUUCUCUGCGUUAUGUUGGUUCUUUGGACGUGAUUUGUUCGACAGCCUGCAAUAUCCAAUUGGACUUAUCUCAAGUAACUGGGGAGGCACCCCAAUUGAAGUUUGGUCUGCACCUAAUGUUCUUCAGCAAUGCAAUGCUACAGAGAGUAUUAUACUCGAGCACGAUGAGAAGCUAGAAGGCUCGCUCAGAGGUCCUCAAACACCAACAUGUCUAUGGAACUCUAUGAUUCAUCCAAUGUUAAACUUCACGAUUAAAGGUGCAAUCUGGUAUCAAGGCGAAGCCAACACCAAAAACCCUGCUCCCUAUAAGUGUUUAUUCCAUGCUAUGAUUGAAGAUUGGCGCUUGAAGUGGAAUGAAGGCACUGAUGGGAGUACAGAUCCACAGUUCCCUUUUGGAUUCAUGCAGCUUAGCACUUCAAACUCUCCCAUCCCAGAAACAGUUGGUCCAUACCCUACCCUAAGAUGGCAUCAAACGUACGACUACGGUUACGUUCCUAAUUCCGUCAUGAAAAACGUCUUUAUGGCGGUCGGUAUCGACCUUGUAGACAAGACCUCACCGUACGGACCGAUUCACCCGCGAGAUAAGGAGGACAUGGGCACCAGACUGUCCUUAGCUGGUCGGGCAGUCGUCUACGGUCAGAAUGUUACCUUCUCUGGACCCUUCCCAUCUGAAUUCACAGUCGAUACUAAAACAUUGACAGUUCUUAUAAAGUAUGACAACGGAAAUGCCAACAUCAGGAUUGUCGGAAAGAUUGGUUUUGAGAUUUGCUGUUCGGCCAGUACAACCUGUCAAUCUGAUGACACGUCAUGGGUACCAGCCGAGGUAGUCAGUCAGCCGACCCCCUCAUCUCUGACCGUGUCGUAUUAUUGCUAUAAGAAGCAAGCAGUGUCUAUCAGGUAUCUUUGGAGGGAUAUGCCAUGUACAUUUAAAGGAUGUCCAGUGUAUAGUGUGGAGAAUAAUUUGCCUGGUGCUCCUUUUGUUGCAACUUUGUCUUAGUGUCCUAGGAAUGGGGAGUAUGUUAAAGAGAGGGGCUUGAGGUCAAAUUCAGUCUUGUGUUGGAGUGUCCCCCAAAACGAGGGCUGUGCCCCCCCCCAAUGAAAUAUGCACCAUUGAAAUAUUGUGUAGUAUUACUCAUUGUUUUUCUUACAAUCUACAUGCAGACGGUUUUUGUUUUUAAAGUAAGAUAAUUUUUAAUGUUUAAAAUAAAAGAGAACAGUUAUGCAAGAAAAGACAUGUAUAUACCAGCAUUGUUAAAGGAACGUUACAGAACUGGUAAGAAACUAAAAUCGUGAAGAUCACAGAAUUACAUAAAACUAACA